AUGCCCCGCGUCGUGCGCGCCCCGAGCCUCGCGCCCUGCCGCCCCGGGCGCAUCCCCGGCCCCCGGCGCUCGCUGCUGCCGCUCGCGCUGAUCUGGCUGCUGGCGGCGCCGCUGGAUGCCGCUCCGGUCGGGUCCUCCAGGCAAGAGCUGCGCUGCAUUUGCUUGACCAUCACUCCGGGAAUCCAUCCCAAAAUGACCAGGACCCUGGAGGUGGUCGCCCCGGGCCCGCAGUGUCCCGAUGUACAAGUGAUAGCCGUACUGAAGAACGAGAAGGAAGUCUGUCUGGACCCCGCAGCUCCUUUGAUCAAGAAAAUCGUGCAGAAGAUGUUGGACAGUGGAAAAAAAGAAAACUGAUUAAGAGAAAUUAACAUGCAUUGGAAAAGGCCUUCGUUUCCAAGGACGAUUCAGGACCCAGUGACGACAAGAAGGAAUGGCUCGUUUUCAUUCCACAGUAAUGCUCUUGGUGGAC